AUCGCUGUAGGGAACGAAGUUAAACCCACGGAUUCUUUUGCACAGUUUCUAGUCCCCGCCAUGCAAAACAUCCAAAAUGCACUCGCAGGAGCCGGGCUUGGAAUCAAAGUGUCCACGGCUAUUGACACCGGGGUCCUUGACGAUGCAUCUUUUCCUCCGUCAAAGGGAUCUUUCAAGGCCGAAUAUAAGCCUAUUCUUGAUCCCUUAAUCGGUUUCUUGGUGAAAAAUCAAGCUCCAUUGCUCGUUAACUUGUACCCUUACUUUAGUUAUGCUCGCAACACUGACAUUCAUCUCGAUUACGCCCUCUUCACGGCUACCUCACCAGUGGUAUCAGAUCCACCACUACAAUACAGUAAUCUUUUUGACGCACUACUAGACACCGUCUACGCAGCCCUUGAGAAGUCCGGUGGGGGUAAUUUAGAGAUUGUGGUGUCAGAAAGCGGCUGGCCUACUGCGGGUGGAAGGGAUACGACGGUUGAAAAUGCGAGGACUUAUAACAACAAAUUGGUUCAGCAUGUGAAGGGAGGGACUCCGAAGAAGCAAGGAAAGCCCAUUGAGACAUACAUUUUUGCCAUGUUUGAUGAGAAUAAUAAGGGGGGAGAGGAGGUGGAAAAACACUGGGGGCUGUUUUCUCCAAACAAGCAGCCUAAAUAUCAAAUGAACUUCAACUAAGGGAAUUAAUUAGGAGGAAAAAUAAGGGCUAAAUACGGCUAAAUAAAUGUAUGGGGGUUUGUUUCACCAUGUUUAACGUUGUUGUAUUACUAAAUAAAUGCAUUUUGUUAAU